CCCUCCCCCGGUCCGUCCCUCUCCCCGUCCCCCCGGUCCGUCCCCCUCCCGCUCCCGCUCCCGGUCCCCGGCCGGUGUCGCCGCCGCCGGGAUGUGGCUCUUCUCCCGGGACCCGGUCCGCGACUUCCCCUUCGAGCUCGGCCCCCCCGAGCCCGGCCCGGACCCGGACCCGCAGCCCGACCCGGAGCCGGAGCCCGGCCCGGACCCGCCCGCGGCCUGGCGGCUCCUGCGCGGCCGCCGCAAGGCCACGGGGGAGCCGGUGUCGGUGUUCGUGCACGACGUGCGCCCCGGGGCGCCCGAGCAGACCUGCGCCGCCCGCGCCGCCCUCAAGCGCCUCAAGACCCUGCGGCACCCCAACGUGGUGGCCUACGUCGACGGGCUGGAGACGGACAAGUGCAUCUACAUGGUGACGGAGCCGGUGACGCCGCUGCGGCUGCACCUGCGGGGCCGGGCCGGGGCCCUGCCCGAGCCCGAGGUCGCCUGGGGGCUGCACCAGCUCCUGAAGGCGCUGGGCUUCCUGGCGGGCUGCGGCCUGGUGCACCGCGCGCUGGGCCCCGGCGCCGUCUUCGUGGACCGGGCGGGCGAGUGGAAGCUGGGGGGGCUGGAGCGGGUGGCCCCCGCCGACGACCCCCCCCCGGCCCGGACGCCGGGGCCCCCCCGGCCCUACGACCCCCCCGAGCUGGGCACCGCCUCCCACGACCGGGCGCAUCCCUGGGCAGGGGACAUGUGGCGCCUGGGCUGCCUCAUCUGGGAGGUUUUCAACGGGCCGCUGCCCCGGGCCGGGGCGCUGCGCUCCUUCGGCAAGAUCCCGUCGGCGCUGGUGCCGCACUACUGCGAGCUGGUGGCGGCCGAGCCCGGCGCCCGGCCCGACCCGGCGCAGCUGCUGCAGCGCUGCCGCCGCCCCGGCGCCUUCCUCGACUGCGACUUCGUCGCCACCAACCUCUCCCUGGAGGAGCUGCAGCUGCAGGACGCGGCCGAGCGGCAGCGGUUCCUGCAGGGCCUCGGCGGCCGCCUCGACGCCUUCCCGCCCGCCGCCUGCCGCCACAAAGUGCUGCCGCGGCUGCUGGCGGCCGUCGAGUUCGGCAGUGCCGGCGCCGCCGUCCUCCCCGCCCUCUUCAAGGUCGGGAGGCUGCUGGAGCCGCCCGAGUACCAGGAGCGCAUCGUCCCCGUCAUCGUCAAGCUCUUCUCGUCCCCCGACCGGGCCCUGCGCAUCCGCCUCCUGCAGCAGCUGGAGCACUACAUCGAGUUCCUGCCGGAGGCGACGGUGAACGCGCAGAUCUUCCCCCCCGUCGCCCUCGGCUUCCUCGACACCAACCCCGCCAUCCGCGAGCAGACCGUCAAGGCGAUGCUGCUGCUGGCGCCGAAGCUGAGCGCGGCCACCCGCGACGGGGAGCUGCUGCGGCACCUGGGGCGGCUGCAGGCGCAGGACGCGCUGGGGCCCAUCCGCUGCAACGCCACCGUCUGCCUGGGCAAGAUCGGGCCCCUGCUGAGCCCCGCCACGCGUCGGCGGGUGCUGGCGCCCGCCUUCGCCCGCGCGGCCCGCGACCCCUUUGCGCCGGCCCGCGCCGCCGCCGCCCUGGCCUUCGCCGCCACCCACGGCUGCUACUCGCCCGCCGACUGCGCCGCCCGCGUCCUGCCCGCGCUCUGCGGCCUCGCCGUCGACCCCGACAAGGCCGUCCGCGACCAGGCGUUCCGGGUGAUCCGCAGCUUCCUGGACAAGCUGGAGGCGGCUUCGGAGGCUCCCGGCGGGCUGCCGGCCCCGGAGGCAGAGACGGCGCCGGAGUCCGGGGGGGCCGCGGGGCUGGGGGCUGCCGUCACCUGGGCCGUCACCGGCGUCUCCUCGCUCACCGCCAAGCUCAUGGGCGGCCCCGGCGCCGCCCCGGCACCCGCCCCCGCCCGGACGCCUGGGCCCCCCCCGCCAGCCCUCCGUGGCGCAGAGCCAGCGGCAGCGCCGGAGCCGCCCGCGCCGCCGCCCCAGGAGACGCCGGAGCCGGAGCCGGAGCCGGAGGAGCCGGAGGAGCCGGAGGAGCCGGAGGAGCUGGAGCGCUGGGACGAGGAGGACUGGGGCAGCCUCGAGGACCCGGACACCUGGGCCCGCCCCGGCGGGGGGAGCAGCGCCCCGGCCGCCCCUCCCGGCACCCGCCCGGCCAGCGACUACGAGUGGCCCCGGGCCGGCGAGCCCGACCCCUUCGCCGCCCUGGGCCCUGCCGCCGAGGACGCCUGGGCCCCACUGCCCCCCUCCACCGGAGCUGCCGGGGGGCGGCAGACGCGGCCGGAGCGGCGGGAGCAGCCGGAGCGGCGGGAGCCGGAGCCGGAGCCGCGGCGGGAGCCGGAGCCGGAGCAGCCGGAGCGGCCGGAGCGGCGGGAGCAGCGGCGGCGGGAGCUGGAGGCCCGGCGCGCCGCCCGCAAGCCGCCCCGGGGGCCGCUCAAGCUGGGCGCCCGCAAGCUGGACUGAGCCGCCGCCGCGCAAUAAACCCAGGCGCCGCC